UCAUUUAGUGUUUUGUAGGGUUUUGGGGUUCUAUACUCUACACUCCCACUCCCACUCCCACUCCCAUCUUCAUUCUUCACAUUCUCACUGUCUCUCAAUCUUUCCGCACGUUCCCCCAUUUUCUCACUGUAAUUACUACUUCCGUUGUUUAUAAUAUUUAUGAGUAAAGUUGGAGAAUCAAUUUAAGCAUGUAUAGUGUGAAGGGCAGCUGGGCUGGGCAAGCAUUUGCCUUAGCUGCACCAAAUGAUUCAGGGGCUAAAAAGUCCCGAAUUCGACGGUCCAAGGAAGAGAGGAAGACUAUGGUUGAAUUAUUCAUCAAAAGAUACCAGAGUUCAAAUAAUGGGAAUUUCCCAUCCUUGAAUCUUACUCAUAAAGAAGUUGGGGGUUCGUUUUAUACAGUUCGGGAGAUUGUUAGGGAAAUAAUUCAAGAGAAUAGGGUUCUGGGUCCUGGACAAAUUAGUUCUGAAGAACAAAGAGAAGAUACUUUCGCUUUAGAUUAUCCAUUGGGAACUAUGUCUUCUGAACCUCAAGGUGUUCUGUUUACGACAGAGAGUGAGAUGAAUGAUUUUACUAAUCUAGAAAGAGAAGAGACUGUGGUGUUGAAUUUCGACAACAGUGUGCAAUAUACUAAGCACUUCGAAGUGGGUGAUGUUCAGUACUCUAUUGAACAUCGUACUGAUGGAAUAGGUGAAGCCGGUGAUAGUGAGCUUGUUUUUAUGCCGACUGGUGAAACUGUUGGUAUUUACAACCAUCAAGAACAGGCAAGUUUUGGGACGUCUUUGAACAGGGAUGGGCAGUGUUUCAGUGUGAAUGAAACAGACAGUGUUAAUGUUAUGGACCAUACACAGACAAUGAUGUUAGAAGAGUCUGAUAAGCAGUUAGCAGAAGUAACUCCAGGAUAUGAGACCUUUGAAGAAGAUGGAGAAUCGGGAGACAUGGGUGUAAUUCAAGCUACAUUAGUGCUUCCAACAGAGGAGGUGGAGGUAGAGACUUUCCCUUUGAGACCUGCAAUUAUAGAGACUGAUGACUUUGGCAGUAUAUUAACUGACUCAAAGAACUUUGAUAGAAAUUUUGAUGAACUUGAAGACAAAGAGGCUAAAUUUAGCAAUAGCACUCUACUCUCAGAUAAAGUUGGCUCCUCUGACACUUCAUCUGAACUGGUGACAACUAAAGAAGCAGAUGAUUCUGAAGUUUCAGUCUCAGAAAGUCAUGAUAUGAUGGCUCAACAUCCAGAGGUCAAUUAUAUGGUGGAGGUCAAUCUCAAAAAUGACUCAGUAGAUAUGUCAUAUUCAUUACCAAUGAAAAAGGAUACUGCAACUAUCCCUGAGUGCAUGAACCAAGCAUCACAACUUGGUGACUCCACAUCAAAGGCAGCUGAACAAAAUAACUAUCAGUUGCAGUCUAAGAAUGGCUCAAAGGGAACUAGCUAUGUUGAAAAUAAUAAUAAGACAAGCAGCAAGAAUGCCAAGGAGGCAACAGUUGUAAAUGGAAACGAUUUUAAGAGAGAUGAGAAAGCAACCGUUGGAAACUCUCCGCCUUUAGAUAGAAUCAACCUUGAAUCAUGGACCGCCUCGAAGCAAGAAACUAAUCCUCUAGUAGCUUUCUUUAAGGCUUUUGUAGGUGCCUUCGUCAAGUUUUGGUCUGAAUAAACUAUUCAUUCAUGUAUUCUUCUGUUUUUUGAUUAUGUAACAAGUUUUCUGUAAACAGGGUGUAUUAUUUUGAUUAGAUGUUCAGUUUGAGAAUGUAGCAAUAUUUUUUUGGCUGACUCUAGCCCUCGGUUGAGGAGAACGGGCGAAGGGUGGUUCCUUAAUAGUAUACACUUUAGCUUAUGCUUAGUCAAGUUAAUGGGUUGGCUUGAGUUUCUUCUGCAGUUCA